GCGCGACCGUUCGGCACGAGGAUCGAGUCGAGCACUGCUGCCAUGUCCGAGCCCGUAGACGCUACGGCCAAGGCCGCGCCGCCGCAGCCCGAGCGCGCGUCAAGCCUCAAGACGCGGCCGGCGUACAUUCGCACGACAGAGCGCGCGGCAGCGGGCUACUUGGACCCACGCAGUGCGACGGUCAAGAAGCCGAGCCCCACCAACGACGCGCUAUUGCGCGAGAGCUUGCAGGUGCAGGCAGAGCCAUCGACGUGCGUGACGUCUGCCACGACGCAGCUCAAAGUCCUCUGUCGUAAAUUCGCCGUGCUCUCGGAAAAAGUCAAGCAAGAAGCCAAGCUGCGAGAGGACGCGGAGCGAGAAAUCAAGCGGCUCAACACCAUCAUCGAUGGCAACACCAACAUGGUCGUCUCAUCCACACGGAGUGACACGCAGAUGUACAUUCGGUCGCUCCAGGAAGAGCUGGACCGAGUCAAAGAAGAGCUUGCGAUCACAAAAGACGAGCUCGCACAAGCGCAGAUGGACUUCAAGCCUCGGACAGCGUACGCCUACCAGUCGGACACGUCGCACGUUGUCGACCACCAUACCAAGUGGGACCGCGAGCAGAUGCAGAAGAUCCAGGACACGCUGUCGUGCACGAUCAACGAGCUCCAGGAAGAGCUCACAGCCAAGGACCACCAAGUCGAUGCGUUCCGAGAGACGAGCCGGCGGGACAAGGCCAAGAUCAAGGACUUGGAACACAUGCUGGAAGCGGUCGAGGAGCAAGCCCACGUGGCCAAAGAGACAACGGCCAAGGCCGCACAGGAGCUCCGCGACGCCGCCGCCCUCCAGUCGAGCGACCGUCACAAGUUGCACCUCGCACAAGAGACUGUCAAGGAAGAGCGAAACAUCAAGGAGGCCCUGCAGCAUCAGAUCGCGACGCUGCACCAAGUCAACGACGCGCUCCAGCGUCGUUGCGACACGCUCGUCCGGCGCCUCAAGCUCAAUUCAACCUUUGCGACCGAGGCGCAAACGCUCAAGCAGCAAGUGCUGGACGCGGAGCGGGACCACGAAGUGCUCGUCAAGACCAUUCGCGAGCUCAAGAACCAACACUUUGACCACGUGAGCGACCUCAAAGGCACGCUGCACGAGACCCAAGCGACCAACCAAGAGCUCUCCAAGCGUAUCCGCGAGCUCGAGACCGAGAUGCAAGCACUGCGAUCGCAAAACGCCAUCAUUUCAGACUACUCGGUGCACCGGGGCGCGACGCACCCGCUGCCGUACUCGUCGUCACGCACGAUGCCGCAAGCCAUGUCGGCGCCACUUGCCGCCGAAACCCACAGUCGAUACCGCCCGUCGCCCUUUGCUCCUGCGCUCGAACCACGCGCGCCGUCGCUGCUGACGGACGAUGGCUACCGACAACCACCAAUGCCUCAACAACCACAACAACAACAACGAGGGCCCGAGGCGAUCGAGUCGAGAGGCCCCGAGAACGAGCAGCCGCGGAGUAGUGCACCGACAAAAGGGCGUCCGGGCGCCGAGACGGACCACAGCAUCUUGCGCGCACUAAAACACCGCAACAAGCAGUUGCAGGAGCGGCUACAACAGGAAGCCGACGCCACGUACCAGCUCGAAGAAGAAAUCAACAUGAUCACGUCGGGCUACCACUCGCUCCUCCACAACGAAUCCUAGUUGCAACACUCUCGACUGUCGUCGUAGGUAUAGUAGAAGUAGUAGAUAUAUGGUUAUCGCUUGUCCGUCUAUGGAAG